UAUAUUCAUAUCUGGUAGUCAUAUUUGAAACACAUCUGACAGAAACAAGUAUUACCACAGGCUUCCAAGUGACAGGAGGGGAUAUUGAUUUCAAUAAAAUGUUGUUUAGGAUUUCUAAUCAGCAAAGUAUAACAUGAAAUCUGAAAAAUGGAUGGAAAUUAUGUUCCUGCGAUGAUAUAGUAGCUAAGAGCUAAUAAUUCUAAUGGAUCAACACCAUUAAUUGUGGCGGCCAGAACGGCAACGGGGUGCACUUUCUCAAGAAUAGACAAUUCCUAAAUAAACCUAUCAACGACAAAAUUUGAUUUGUUGAAUCACACAAACAUUUGAAGCAUCACCAUGGUGACCUGCUGCAAACUUAAGUGGUAUCUAAUGGCGAUUGCAGUAAUCGGAAGAGGAAUAUGCACAUUUGCAACUGAAGGACAAGCAAAUUAUACAGAGACUUCAACAAUUUAUGUGAAUACAACUGAAUACAUUGACAGUACAAUGUCAACAAACAAUACAGAGACAACUACAAGUUUUGUUAAUACAGCACAAUACAAAGACAAAACAAUCUCAGUGAACAAUACAGAGGCGACCACAAGUAAAGUCAAUACAACGCAAUUUAUUGAUGAUACAACAUUGGCAAGUGACAGUAGUGACACGAACCAUACAACAUUGGAGCCAAGAGGAACAAUGGGUAAAUCUCGGACUGCCAUGUUAAUACCAUUAGAACGAUCUCGGUAUGAUAUCAUGACUUACAGAGCAAAAUGUGAGAACAGCCCCGUGGUACCAAUAUUUAUCAAUGAGACAAGGGUUGUAUUAACCAGCGAUCACUUCAGAUGGCUCAUCCUAUGUGUAAACUCAGUCAAUGCAAAUAAGGUAUGUGCUCCACCAUUUAAUCGUAUCAGUAGAAAGUAUGAAGACUACACCAUAAUGGGUAUCGUAAUUGACAUCUAUAUUUGUAUCCCCUUAUGUGUGCUUGGAAUCAUUGGCAACAUUCUCUCAUUCGUCACCCUUUCUCGUGAAAAGCCAAACACAAGUAUAAUUAUUUUAAAAUCACUCGCUGUCAUUGACAGCAUAUAUCUAUUGCUUGUGGUCGUGUUUAAACCCUACCACAUUGCAUACCACGACACUGAGUGGCUGAAUAAAUCAUCACAUGACGAAUUCUCUCAUCAGUUUGAAAUAGCCUCAAGUCAUGCAGCUCCUGUCAUUAAUAUGGCCCAGAUGUGUAGCUCUUGGCUUGUGGUCCUUCUCACCAUUGAUCGCUUUAUUGCUAUCUGCCAUCCAUUUAAGGCACUCACCUAUUGCACUAUAAAACGUGUGAGGGUUGGGAUUUUAAGCAUCAUCGUGAUCUCUAUUGUGUAUAACAUCCCUGAAUUUUGGGGGAUCAGCUACAAGUGGAUCUACCACGAAUGCCUGAAGUUAUGGAUGGUGGCAACUGGAACGAUCCGAGGCUCAAUUGGUCAGCAUAUCCUCUACAGAACCAUCUACGGUUUCGCAGGGAAUCUCUUAUUCAGGAAUCUUCUCCCAGUUGUAUUAGUUGUUUCACUCAAUGGUCGUCUUGUUCAUUCCUUGAGGGUCUCUCUUCAAAACCGAGACAAAAUAAUGGCAAACACAGAACACAACAACGAGCACCGAGAUAAAAAUAUCACGGUCACCCUUUUAACCAUCUCUUUUGUCUAUCUAAUUUGCAUCCUACCGAUGCUGGCUUUGAGUGUCCUUGACAUUUAUUUCUCAUCUGUGCUUACAAAUAAACACAGUGAUACGCUUAUCUAUUAUACAUCAGAUAAUGCAUCAUUUCAGAUCUACAUGAAGUUUGCACUGGUUGUUCAAUUGUUAGUUAGGCUCAACUCUGCUAUUAACUUUCUUGUGUAUUGUUUUGUAAGAAAAGGAUUCAGAGGGAAAUUAUGUAGCGCUUUCAAAAUGGUGGUUCAAAGAGAAGGAUCGCGUCAGACCGUAUCCAGUAGAUAUAAAACCUCUGAUAAGUCAAAACAAAGUUAUUAAAUUGACAAAUUGAUUAAUAACAUUUAUCUAAUGUUAUCCAGAUUCACUUGCUAUCAAAUUAAUGGACUCGUUCUCUAUUAUUAUUCAAGAUGUGUAUGGUAGAAUGAGUUUUAUUCAAAUUUGCAAGACAGAUGUUGCCUAGUCUAUUUACAGUUAUGCCUGAUGUAAUAUUUACCUUAGAUACUAGAGGAUGUGUGGUUUGUGUUCUCUAGUAUAUCUUUUGCUAACAAUGAAUUAAAUGGCAAUCAGAGAGUCAUUACCCAAUAUUGUAAAUGUAUUCUUUGCACACUUAGAGGAGGAAACAGCCCUAACUCCAUUAUUGGCUGAUUAUGUACCUUGUGUAUAUUAUCUGUAUAUAUUGACUGAUUAUGUGCCUAAUUCUAGAGUAGAUUUGUAUAUAUUGACUGAUUAUGUGCCUA